AUGGUUUCUCCUCAGCAGUGUAGUGUUCGACGUGGCCGAAUGCACAACGCGGUGCCGCUGCCGGGCAUCACAUUCGCCGGCACGUCGUACGGCCGCGGCGUGUCGGUCUUCGCGCCGCUCCCGCCGGGGGACGCCCGCCGCCGCCGCCACCGCGACGUGGAGGACUUCCGCCGGGCCCCCCGCCCCCCGCAGCGGCCGCGGUGGAACGCGUCAAUUCUCGACGAGGCCCACCCGUUCCCGCAGCCGCCGCUCAUGCACGUCCUGCAGCGCCGCGGCAGCAACGGCGGGGAGGCCGACAGCAGUGAUAAGACCGGCCCGCAGCUCUUGACAGCACGUGGGGUGGACAGCACACGCAGAGCGGCGGGGAGUGUGGUGAGGGAAAGAGAACACGAGUUGGCGCUCGAGCGGGGAUGGUGCAUCUCAACAAAUGUAAGCGAUCCUUCAGCACGGUUCCGCAAGACUGCUGAUUUUCAGGUGAGUUAUUUGGAACUAAAUAAGAGCAAAAAGGGUAUGCUGGAUGAAAGUACAUAUGUAUCACCGAUGCGUCGUGUAGCUCUCAUGGAUGAGUCUAUUAGGGCUACUAAACGAAGUAAAAGAAAAGAGGAUGAAUUAAUGUUACAAUCGCAACUUGCCCGUCAAGGGGCGCCAUCAGUUUUUAAGAUGAGCAAUAUUGAUGAGUGGUGGAGUUUAGAUCCUAUACUCAAAAUGAGAACACUACCAAAAGUAAAAAAAAGUGAAGAAGAAGAAGUAGAAGAAGAAGAAGAAGGAAAAUCUCCGACAACAUUGAUCGGAAAUGUACAGGAAAAAUAUGAUGCAUGA